GAGCUGCUUUCUUUCCUGUUUGUGGUUCUCCAAUAAUCCGACACCGAAAUUCGAGAUGCAUUUCCAGUUGUCGGAACCCAUUACCAACCCACCGCCAUUACUCAUUAAGCAACAUUUUGAUAGUCAUAGGCCUCAGAAGCUCAGUAGCCUUUCUUUUGAAGCACCGAACUCGACCAAACUCACUACCUACACGCAUCUCUCUCUCUUUGAUAGACCAAUAAAUUCAAGCACGUAUGCUUUGAUUCUCGAAUCUUGCAGAACCCUGAACUUAGGAAAACAGCUUCAUGCCCAUACUCUAAAAUCUGGGUUUGGUGGGCAUGAGUUCAUGGAGACCAAGUUGCUCCAAAUGUAUGGGCGGUUUGGUUGUUUGGAGGAUGCAGAGUUGCUGUUUGAUAAAAUGUCGCUGAGAAACUUGUAUUCUUGGACAGCCAUGCUAAGCUUGUAUGUCGACCAUGGGCUCUUUGAGGAAGCCUUUUUGUUCUUUCAAGAAUUACAAAUUGAAGAUGUUUCAGUGGAGUUUUUUGUGUUUCCUUUGGCACUUAAGGUUUCUAGUGGUCUCGGGAUUGAAGAACUUGGGAGGCAGUUACAUGGGACUGUGAUAAAAAAUCAGUUUGUUUCAAAUCUUUAUGUGGGUAAUGCAUUGAUAGAUAUGUAUGGUAAAUGUGGAAAUUUGGAUGAUGCCAAGAAAGUGUUUGGGAAAAUGCCUGAAAAAGAUUGUGUGUCUUGGAAUUCUUUUCUUACUGCUUGUGCUGCCAAUGGGAUGGUAUAUGAGGCAUUGGAUUUUCUUGAGAGAAUGUCUUUGAUGGAGAAUUCAAAACCAAAUCUCGUUUCCUGGAGUGCAGUUAUUGGGGGUUUCUCUCAGAAUGGUUAUGAUGAAGAAGCAAUUGAAUUGCUUUUGAGAAUGCAAGCAGAAGGUAUUGAACCAAAUGAGAGGACCAUAGCAAGUGUUCUUCCAGCUUGUGCUAGAUUACAGAAACUGCGCCUUGGCAAAGAAUUCCAUGGCUACGUAACGAGACACGGAAUGAUGUCUAACUUUUAUAUUGUGAAUGGGUUGAUUGAUAUAUACAGAAGAUCUGCUGAUAUCAAAACUGCAUUCAAGUUGUUUUCUAAGUUUUCAGCAAAAAAUGCAGUUUCUUGUAAUACUAUCGUUGUUGGGUAUUGUGAGAAUGGUUACACUUCAGAAGCAAGGGAGCUAUUUGAUCGAAUGGAGCUACUGGGCAUCAGGAAAGAUAUAAUUUCAUGGAACUCGAUGAUAUCUGGGUAUGUAGAUAACUUCCAGUUUGAUGAAGCUAUGAGCAUGUUUAAGGAUUUGCUAAUGGAAGAUGGGAUCAAACCCAAUUCCUUUACUUUAGGGAGUGCUCUUACUGCUUGUGCUGACACAGUUUCUUUGAGACUAGGAAAGGAGCUACAUUCACAAGCCAUUGUUCGAGGCCUUCAAUAUAAUACCUUUGUUGGUGGGGCUUUAGUAGAGAUGUACUGCAGAUGCCAGGAUAUAAUGGCAGCGCAAAAAGCUUUCAAUGAAGUAACUCACCUGCUUCAGAAAAUGUGCGAAGAUGGCUUUGAGCCAAAUAUUUAUACAUGGAACGGUAUACUUGCUGGUCAUGUGCAAAAUGGGUUGCAUGAAACAGCAAUGCACCUGUUCUCUGAAAUGCAGGCUUCGAAUAUGUGGCCUGACAUUUACACUGUCGGAAUAAUACUGUCUGCUUGUUCAAGGUUGGCCAGUAUUGAUCGUGGGAAACAGAUACACGCACAUUCAAUUAGAUGUAGUUAUGAUGCAGAUGUUCACAUAGGAGCAGCCCUUGUGGACAUGUAUGCAAAAUGUGGAAGUAUAAGGCAUGCAUUACUAGCGUAUGAGAGAAUACCAAACCCUAAUCUGAUAUCCCAUAAUGCCAUGCUUACAGCAUAUGCAAUGCACGGGCAUGCGGAGGAUGGGAUUGCCCUCUUCCGCAAAAUGCUUGAAAAUGGCUUCACACCAGACCAGGUGACUUUUCUCUCUGUCCUUUCUUCAUGUGUCCAUAUUGGAUUAGUUGAAACAGCUCGAGAAUUCUUCAAUCUGAUGCAAUACUAUGAUAUAAAACCUACCAUAAAGCACUACACAUGUAUGAUUGAUCUUCUAAGUCGAACAGGCCAGCUUAGUGAAGCUUAUGAACUUAUUAAGAAUGCUCCCAUGAAAUCUGAUUCAGUGCUGUGGAGUGCCUUCCUGGGAGGCUGUGUUACUCAUCAUAAUAUGGAGUUGGGAGAAAUCGCAGCAGAGAGACUCAUAGAGUUGGAGCCAGAUAAUACCGGAAACUACAUUACGUUGGCAAAUUUAUAUGCUUUUGAUGGGAGAUGGGCUGAUCUAGCAAGAACAAGACUGAAAAUGAAGGAUAGAGGAAUGCAUAAGAACCCAGGAUGCAGUUGGAUUGAGGACAGAGAUGAUGUUCAUGUAUUUCUUGCUCAUGACAAGUCUCAUAAGAGAACAGAAGAUAUUUAUGCUACUUUGGAUAAUUUAACCCUUCACAUGAAAUCAUGACUAGAAAUUGAUGUGUAAAUGCAUAAUUGUGAACUCUAUCUUUUUGUACAACAUAAGGAUACAGGGAAUCAAAAGUUCGAAUUCUAGCAACAUUCUCUCCUAAUGUUAGGCACUUAAUAACAAUAAAGAACGGGAUCCAUGGACAUCUUUGCAUCUUCGAAAUGCCAUAAAAUUUCUAGAUAAAUGUUGUUGUUUCCA